AUGCAUGGAGCUCCAACUGACUACACGAGCUAUGAAAAGGUUAUGCCAGAUGGGUUUUUCGCUAGAAUGAAAGAUAGAGGAAUGGUUUGUGGUUGGGCACCACAAAUCGAAGUACUUGCACAUGGAGCUGUAAAAGGCUUUGUGUCUCACUGUGGAUGGAACUCCAUCUUGGAGAGCAUGUGGCAUGGGGUCCCUAUUGCAACUUGGCCAUUGAAUGCAGAACAACAACUGAAUGCUUUUUUGGUUGUGAGGGAGUUGGGACUGGCUGUGGAGUUGAGUUUGACAUACAGAAGCAGUGGGACCGAGUUGGUGAUGGCAGAUGAGAUAGAGAGAGCCAUAAAUUGCUUGAUGGACGAUACGAACCCAGUCAGGGAAAGAGUGGAGAAGAUAAGUCAGAAAAGCAGGAAGGCUUUGAUAAAUGGUGGAUCUUCGUUUGUUACACUAGGUAAAUUGGUUGAUGACAUGUUACAAAACAUAGGGGCAGAGUAA